AUGUCGUUGAAGACAGGAGACGCUUCAUCGAAUCUUCAACCACUUUCGCUUGGGAUAUUGGAAUCGUGCUCGCAGUCCGAAGAAUCCAAACCGCAGUCCGAAGAAUCCAAACCGCAAGAAGACACCACGGAGAAGUUGAAAUACGAGGAAAGUUCCGCAAGCAGCCCGUACGUAUGUUCGAUCUGCAAGUUCCAAAUAGUCCAGAGGAGACUGAUCGUGGAGCAUCUGAUCCUGCACAUCACGCCCAACGAGACCGUGGAGACGGCCAACGCGGGGCAUAUCACGGAAACAGGACGGGAGAUGGUGAACACGGCGUUGGAGCAGCUGGGGCAGAUCCACAAGGAGCAAAUCGCGUUUCCGUCGGCGGACGACCAUGAGAACGAUGUCGAGGAGCCGGGGGUGCGGACGCCCAUUUUCAACGCCCAGGGCCAGCCGAAGAAGUACUCGUGCAGAAAAUGCGGCUUCAAAACGGUGACGAAGAUCGAGCAGUGGGCUCACACACCGAUCCACGUGAAGCCAGAGAAGCUGUUGUACUGCUACAAGUGUCCGUUCGUCACUGAGUACAGGCACCACCUGGGCUUCCACCUGAUGAACCACAUCGGCUUGAAGCCGUACAAGUGCACCAAAGAGGAUUGCACGUACACCUGCGUGAACCUGUCGAUGCUCAACAGCCACCGAAAGUCCCAUUCGAACGUCUACCCGUUCAGCUGCAAGGACUGUUCAUACGCCGCCAAAUAUUACCACACGUUCAAGCAGCACCUGCGCAAGCAUAAGCACAACCCGGCGCCGAGGCGCAACGACGACGGCACGUUCAGCGAGGUGGAGAUCGACAUCUACGGGACGAGACGCGGGCCCAGGCAGAAGUCGAAGAGCGCCAGCAGGCCGACAUCGACGUCGACGGCGUCGGAGACGGAGAAGUCGAGCGAAAACACGAUCGCCCAGGUGGCUGAUGUCGGGUAUGACAGCGACAACAGCAACGACGACAGCAACGACGGCGACGACAUCGUCCAACAGCCCAGGACGACGUCACCGCAACCGUUGCCGCCGACGGAGACGUCGACACCGGCGCCGACGGAGACGCCGACACCGGCGCCGACAGAGACGCCGACACCGGCGUCGACGGAGACGCCGACACCAGGGUCAUCUUCACAGACGACGUCCAAACCCAUGUCCUUCGCUUUUAGCACCCUGGCGAACAUAUUCAACAUGAAGAACGACAACCCAGUGAGGCAGAACGUCGAGCCGACGACCCAGCAGAUGAGCUCUUUCCGCUUCUCGCCCAAGCUGCUUACCACGUUGAACACGAAGGUGCAGCAGCUCAUGCCAACCGGUGGCUUCGUCUUCGGCGAGAGGACGCACACGACGACGUCGGCGCCGCAGAACACCGGAGAUGCGGGGGAAGAGGUCGUCAUGGUGGCUGCAACGACGAACGUCGUGGCGGUCCGGCAACCCGAGUUUUUCGAACACUUCAGCGCCGAGAACCAGCCGGCCGUCGGCAGAAACCAGGAGGAGCUGGAGCAGUUCUACAGCUCCGAGAACAUGCCGUUGGACCUGACCUCAGGGUCGCUGAAGAAAAAGCACAACACCAGCUGCCAGCUCUCUUGCCGGCAAGCGUCGGCCUCGGGAUUGCCGAGGAACGAGCCGAACACCGCCAGCUCGCAGCUCCCUUUUCAGCAGGCAAACCCGGCGUACUCGCAGAAGCCGUCGGCCGCCAACAAGAGGCGCAAGGGUGUCGCCGUCAAGCUCCAGAUUGCGCCGGAGGACGACACUACGGACGAGGAAUCUGCGAAGCAGAGCGGGAAGAGGCUCUGUCAGUCGAGCUCGCCCACCCCGUCGUCGGCUCCUCCUUCGACCUUGAUCUCGGCCACCCCGGAAGACGCCCCGAACCCCGUCGGACCGACUCAGGAGCGCGAGCAGCAGCAGACAGCGGCAACAGAAGUAAGUUACAUGUGCGUACACUGCGGGAUACCAUACCCCGAUGUGGAGAUGUACAACGCGCACAUGAGCUGCCACGGACAAGACGACCCCUUCACGUGCAACUUGUGCAAUCGACCUUACGGCGACAGGAAGAGGUUCGUCAUCCACAUACACGAGAAGUGCGCCAACCACGGGUAG